CAUUAUCAAUUUCGAAGUGGCCGCCGAGGUUGUUGCGCGUUUCUCGUCGCGUUCAGCGUUAUUAUUAUUAUUUUUUUCGUUGUUAUUGUUCCGAAAAAUACUAUUUUUGUUAUUAUUCAUUAUUAUUGUUUAUAACAGUGUUAUGCGCCGUUGCCGUAAAACCGUCGUCGAACACCGUUUUUAAUUGAACUGUGUAACGCGAUAUAGCUCAUCAACGCGUUCCCGCCGGCCGCCGCAAAGUCGAUUUGUGUCGUUUUUGUCCGGUAAUAAUAAUAUCACUGCGUUCGCCACUGUGUGUGGUGUGUGCGUGUGAAUAGCGUUCCAGCGACCAGAAAACCGUGCGCGCUCCUCCAGCCGUCGCCGACUACCGUAGCCGUGUGUUGUUGCGCGUCACCCACAAGCCUUGAUAUCCAAUCGCGUCGGAUCGCCGCCCAGCAUUGAAAAUGGACCAAGAGAGUGGAAGCGGAAGGAGGCGAAGUUCUAGGCUGGCGGCUCGAGGUGUAGUGGCACCUCCAAAGCCCGAAGUUGUAAAGACGCCGAAAAAUGAAGACAAACCGAAACGCUCAAAGCGUAAACAAAGCGAUGAAAGACCAUCUUCGGCGGCUAAAAAAUUGAAAACAGAAGACGAUGAGCCCUUAUCUUCGACUCCGGAAAAGGAAGAAUGUAAAACCGAAGAGAACAAAGUGGAUACAAAUAAAGACCAAGUAGACACUACUGCGCCUGCUAAAGUCGCAGACGUCGUUUCGGUGCCGCCGUCUUCGGAGAAUAAAGAAGAAUGCGUGAAUGCUGACGCCGAAAAGACUGACGUAGUAAAACCUCAAGAUCCCAAAGAACAAGACAAAACACUUCAAGACGAAGAAAAAACAAUGGAUGUUGAUGUACCUACGCCGCCGCCAGAAGAGAAGAAAGACGCUGAAGAAUUAAAACCAGUGGUGGAAGUCGAACCUGUCGAGCCGCAGAUUGUUAAAAAAAUUGAAGAAGAACCCGUGACCGACGCCAAAGUCAUAGGAAACGGCCUGUCGGCUGAAAAAGAAGCCAAGAAAGAUGUUCAGCCAGAAAAAUUUGAAAAGGAAAUCAAAGCGGUCGUCAAGGAGAGCAUAACUUCGAAUGGCACCGUCGAUGCCGAGCUGAAACCAUCAAACGGUACAGGACCGAAAAUCAAUUCGGACGCAGUUGAAACAAACGAGGCCAUAAGUGGGAACAAACCCCACGUAACCGACUGUGAAUACAGCCAAAAAUCAAUCGCUACGGUGAAUAAUGCCAGUAACGAAACCGCCACCAAAGAGGUGGCGAGUACAGAAUCGGAAAAAAUUGUAGAUAACGCUGUGGACAACAAUACGAUCGUGUCCGCCGACAGUGUCGCGCCGAAUAAAGACCAUUCAUCGACAAUUCAAUCCUAAUUUUUUUUUUCCUUUAAUUUGUAAGUUUUACAUUGAAGAACAGCGUCUAGACUCAAUUGACUUUCUACUGAUUAUACAUUUUUACCUGAUGUCGGUAGUCAAAUAUACGUCUUCUUAUUUUCAUUUUCUUUCCUUUACAUUAUAUUAUAUAAAUAUAAAUUUUAUUUACCAAGAUUUAAUUUAAGUACACCAAAAAUAAAUUAAGUAUCGUAAUACGAAUAU